GAAAGAGCGCGCGCCUAGGAAGCCGCGGCAUUAGACGGUUGCGGGCGCAGGUGGCUGAUUAUCGUCCCUCCUGGUCUUCACGCCACUUCUGCAUCGUGAGUCGGGGUACCUUGUCAGCAAGACCUCGCUCCCCUUACGGUAGCUCUCAUCUAGACGUCGCAACUCCGCCACCAUGUUUGAGGCACGCCUGAUCCAGGGCUCCAUCCUGAAGAAGGUGCUGGAGGCCCUCAAAGACCUCAUCAAUGAGGCCUGCUGGGACAUCAGUUCGGGCGGCGUGAACCUACAGAGCAUGGAUUCGUCUCACGUCUCCUUAGUGCAGCUUACUUUGCGCUCCGAAGGCUUCGACACAUACCGCUGCGAUCGCAACCUGGCCAUGGGCGUGAACCUCACCAGCAUGUCCAAAAUUCUAAAAUGUGCUGGUAAUGAAGACAUCAUUACAUUAAGGGCUGAAGAUAAUGCUGAUACCUUAGCACUAGUAUUUGAAGCACCAAAUCAAGAGAAAGUUUCAGACUAUGAGAUGAAGUUAAUGGACUUAGAUGUUGAGCAACUUGGAAUCCCAGAACAGGAGUACAGCUGCGUAGUAAAGAUGCCAUCUGGUGAAUUUGCACGUAUAUGCCGGGACCUUAGUCAUAUUGGAGAUGCUGUGGUGAUCUCCUGUGCAAAGGACGGGGUGAAGUUUUCUGCGAGUGGGGAGCUUGGCAAUGGGAACAUUAAGUUGUCCCAGACAAGCAAUGUUGAUAAAGAAGAGGAAGCUGUAUCCAUAGAGAUGAAUGAGCCAGUUCAGCUAACUUUUGCUCUGAGGUACCUGAACUUUUUCACAAAAGCCACUCCACUGUCUCCUACAGUAACACUCAGUAUGUCUGCAGAUGUACCCCUUGUUGUAGAGUAUAAAAUUGCUGACAUGGGACACUUAAAGUAUUAUUUGGCUCCCAAGAUCGAAGAUGAAGAAGGAUCUUAGGCUUUGCUAGAAAUUGAGAAAACUAAACCUUUGAGGAUCGCUUCUGAGAUGCCAGCGUGUUCUGAGGUCUUUUCUGUCACCAAGUUUGUACCUGAGUAUUCUUAAAUAUUAAAAUAAAAUGUAGAUAUCUUCUGUAAAUAACCUUUUUUUUCCUCUCCAUUCUCCAUAAUUUGCUUACAGAAUAAGCUGCAAAAUAAAAACUGGUUUUGUUAACAUAAAUGUCUCUGCCUUACAAAUACUGGUGAUUUUCAUAAAUGGUCUUGACGCUAAAUGCAGUUUUAAGAAAUAUUUUUCAAUUUAAAUAAAGUUAACUGAAUUUGAAAAGUCAA